GCCUUUGGGACUGAUCAGACGGUACCCUUCUGGCCCGAGCCCGAAUUUGGAGACAAGACGGAGAUCAAGAACGUCAAUGCCAAGACUUGCAAGGGAACGUGGGUAGCUGCGGGUACCAUGUUUCCGUUAGGAAUGGCAAUCCCCUCCAAUACGGUACUGCAUUACGGAAUGUAUCUACCUCCUGGAACCAUGCUGCCUGAUGGCUGCUUGGUACCUAUACACGCGCGGAUGGUCAGUGUCGUACCACUACCCACUGCAAAGGAG